AUGGCCAAUAAGGGUGCCCUUGAAGCACUGGACCGGUCACUGAAAGAUAUAAGGAAUUCUACAGCUUUUAUGCUUUCAGGAGAUUUCCGGCAAACCCUUCUUGUCAUCCCUAAAGGGAGCAGGGCUGAUGAAGUGCGCGCAUGCCUUAAGUCAUUCACGUUGUGGCCCCAGGUUAAGACGUUAAGCCUAAGCACAAACAUGCGUGUGCACUUGCUUGGUGAUAGCACGUCUGCGGCAUUUGCUGAAAACAUUUUAACCCUUGGGGAAGGCAAGGUCCCUAGGAAUGAUAGGGGUGACAUAUCCAUCUCUGAACUGUGCAACACCGUGGACAUCCCUUCCGAUCUUUUGGAAACAGUGGUCCCCAAUCUGGAAAGUAAUUAUGCAGACAUCAAUUGGCUCAGUAAAAGAACCAUCCUGGCCCCUAAAAAGGUAACUUUCAGUGCUAUCAACGACCAGCUCCUAAGUCGAAUUCCGGGUGAAGAGCGCAUCUACAAAUCGAUUGACCGGACCUUUGACCCCCAAGACAUUGUCAAUUACCCUAUCGAGUUCCUCAACUCAUUGGAGCCAGCAAGUCUUCCACCUUACAUUCUUAGGCUAAUGGUUGGAUGCCCAAUUAUGCUAAUCAGAAACUUGCUUCCGCCUAAACAGUGCAAUGGGACCCGCUUAAUAGUCAAGCCCCUGACUCCCCACUUGAUUGAGGCCACCAUUGUUACAGGGUGUGGGAGGGGUGAACAUAUUUUCAUUUCAUGGAUGCACCUUUAUCCCUAG